AUGAGCGAUAGCAGCGGAACCAGCGGAAGCCGCAGUAGCAAUAGCGCAGAUGAAAGUUCAGAUGCCUGCAGCGCGAGGGAUAACGUGAUUUCACCGCGCAGUAGCAUCAGCAGCUACAGCGAGGAUGAAAUCAGCAGCUGCAACAGGCUUUCACCACUUUCCAGCAUACCAGAUGUUCUCGUAGCUUCUAUUUUGCGUUUUUUGCCGCAACACGAGAGAAUUAAGGUGGGAUCCCUCGUGUGCCGAAGAUGGCUACAUUUGAUUAGAAGCUGCCUGUGUCAAUCGGACACAACCAUUCGAAUAUCCCCUCCUGUCUUUCGGCACCUUCCGCCGGAGGCGCUGCGGGCCUGCAUUAGAGCCAUCGCGAUUUACAGCCGACACGCGAAGCUGGUAAUAGGUUACGUAGUCCCUAUGGCUGUGGAAAACGGAGAUUAUCCAGAAUUUUUGUUUCUUCGGUCAUUGUUCCGGGAGCUGUCCGAUGUCCAAUCUAUCAGCAUAGCUCUCGGCUGUCCGCUGACCGCCAGAAUGCUGGGGGAUGCAUUUGCCGGCGUUGUGCAGCGCAGCGCUCAUACCCUCACGUCUCUGGAGAUAUGGGAACCGGAGCUGGCCGAGGCCACCCUGGCAGCUCUCGCAGCAAUGCCGUCCCCUUGGAAAACCUGCAACGAGCAGGCGACAGACUUCGGAAAUGCGUAUGUUGCCACAGCCCAGGCACUAGAAACCUCCGUCGGCUCUCACGUACUUCGCAGAGACCCCCGCCUGGUGGCGCAAGGGCUGCAGAGGUCUCCCAAGCAAUGCGGUAUGCUUUUGGCAACGGCGCAGGUCUUGCGCGAACGCUUAACUCGCUGCCCUUCGCGUACCAGCUUUUCCAUGUCGGAGGCUGCGGCAGAUACCGGCAGGUUACUACAGCAGCUGCAACAAGGGCAAGGGCAGCAGCAGCUGGAUUCGCACAUGAUGACACCUGAAUGCUACCCACAUCAAACUAGCGACAGUCUGAAGAACAGAGAACGCACGGUAUCGCCGUGCAGUUUGGAUAGUGGGAGGGACCGCUUCAGAGGGACCCAUAAAGGGGAGCUUCGCCGCAGAAUCGCAGACAUCAAAAACUGCUGCUGCUGCGUAACUGCGGCUGAAACUGCCUUGAGAAUUUGGCGCAGAUUCGAGAGCGUGCGUGUGGUAUUACCACGACUGAGGGUCCUCGCCUCUGGAAGCUGGCGGCUGCUACAGGCGGUGCACUGCCCCAACUUGGAGGAGCUAAAUCUCACGACCAACGCGACAACGCCCCAAAGGGAUGCUUCAAGUCGGUUGCAGCAGCAGAGACAACGACAGCAGCACCCGCAGCACCAGCUGCAUCGGCAGCAGCAACAACAGCACGGGCAACAUGAUUCUUCCCACCUCACUAUGGCUCUACACGAGUGGGCAGACCGCAUCUCGGCAUCUGGAGGGCCACGGAAUGCAUCUGUAUCCUCAGGAUUCUCCGAGUCUGCGCUCCAAGAGUUGUUACAUUUUUUACUUCGCAGUGGCUACAACCUCCGGCAGCUGCACGGCAGCUAUACUGUGGGUCCGCUGAACGAAUCGUUGCUGCAUUCUGUUUCCACUGCCGGAAAUGCCCUUGCUGGCGCCGGCAACCCUGCGUCUGGGUCGCCAGACAUAUCGGCGAGGGUGCGAUAUCUAGCUUCGGCAGCAGCUCCUCCUGGAAGGGUUAAAGGUGGGCAGAAGCUUGCUUGUGGAGGGUUCUUUUCUGCUGCAUUAGCGGCUGCUGAUGCCGUCCUUAAUAUGCAAGCACCAACUCUUUCAGGGGCAUGCGAUUUGCCUUUUCCGGUUGCAACCCUUGCCAGCAGUGUCGGCCGUACAGUAACCGGAGGCGCUAAUGGACUAGCAGGGGAGAGCAUAUCAAGUCAUGCUGCAUCGCUAAAUUACGCAGCGCUGGCAUCCGAAGCUGCAGACAGUUUGUUUGCUGCAGCAGCGGGUCUAUGCGCAGCAACGGGAGAUGGUUGCCGACACAUUCACCACUGCCCCCACCAGUGCUGUGCUGUUCCGUGUGCAUGGGGCUCUUCAGAAGAACUGCUGCUGGUCUUAUUGCCGAAAUUGAGAGUUGCACGAUCUGCGGACUUUUUGCUAUUGAGUUGCUUUUUGUUGCCAAGACUGGAGGAGUUGAGGCUUCCCGAAACAUGGGGCUCAGUUCUUAGCAAACCCAUACCAGGUUUCCCACUUCUCUGGGCAUACCUGUGCACCUACGGAAGAAGCCUCCGUGCGUUGGAUGUAAAGGGGACAGCCCCUCCACUUGCGGCAUUUCUAGGGGCCGGAACGACCGCACAGCCACUGCCAUUUCACAUACUACCUUUUGAGGCUGUAGCGACCGAGGCUCUUCAGCGUUUACUACUUGUUCACCGCGCUCAUCCACUUAUGGAUCCUGCAAAUACCUUGGCUACCAACACCCCUGCCUCAACUUCCCCCGAAGAUGCGUUGUCGACCGCAGCAGCUGCAGCGAACGUUAGCGCGGGAAUCGCAGAGCUUGCUGCACGUACAGUUGCCGAAAUCUGGCACCGCCGCACGGCUUCAACUCAGCAGCAGCGUUGGCAAAUAGCUUGGCAAGAUGUGAACUGCGAAGGGGGUCAGGGUGGGGGCUGUACCGAGGAACUCGUUGACGUAGGCGUCCACCCGGCCACUAACGAGAGACUCCCUUGUGUACCCCAUAGAGGGGUCAACAGCUGGGGCACUGCCGACGGCGCUUUCGAUGCUAUGAGACGUGAUGCGAGCAGCUCGAGGCCCCUGUUUGGUCUGAGGUUUGGGCAACUGAAACAUUUGCAGUGCCAUUCGAGCUUCCUUCCGUACUUGGCAGAGCCGCUGCCGCAGUGUGGGUCACUGCAGGGCCUCAAUACGGAAGGCGAAUCAGACUCUGUCACAUGGUUUGUUGCUUUGCUAACGGGCAUUGAAAGGCUUUGCGUUAGAGACGCAUGCCUAAAUCCCUCCCGGCGGUGGCCUAGGGCUCCUCCUCCGAUCUCCCUUGAAGUAGAAGAGGAAGAAAUUCCUAGUUUUAAGAGCCACCCUGAGGUCACUCUGCAUAUUAGGAAAUACACCGGCACUGCCUUCUUCUUCACACCGAGCAUUUCAUGUCCCAAUCUUCAAGAGCUUCAGGUACAGCGCGGAGAUGAAGACUUUGACUCAUUCUUGGUAGGAGGGGGGGCCUGUAAUUUGCGGGUUCUACGCUACGAAGGCCGUUUAUUCGGCGGGACAGGAGCCGCAACUCCCCGGGCACUUGUUGCUUCGCACGAGCUACGAGUCAUUCGAAACACCGGCAAUUCUGAUGAGGACGCUCAGCGGGUGCUAGAAGCGCUGCGUCUUCCCCCUAGUUUUUCACCGCUUACAGGUUCCCCGUUUGCUUCCCUGAGGGAGCUGCACGUGUGCACCCUCGAUGCCAGGGUCGUCGUACGUCUUGCCUUGGCCGCCGCCGCUGCUGUGAAUCCGUUCCUUUCAUGUGCUUGGCGGCGUGUUCUUGACAACAGGAAGGCAGAACGACUGCGGCAGUUGCAGCGAAAACAGCAGCUCUGGAUGCAACGUACACAGGCGCAGCGGGAUAAUGAAGCCCUCCGGUUACUUGUACGCCAACGCCGGCUAUACGAAGAAUAUAGUGCGAGGCGUAGACGACUGAGGCGGUUGUCUUCUGCGAUCGUUAUCCGCCAAGAUCGAUUUGCAGGGACCAGGGAAGGCCCUCAAAGGUCCCCGCAGCGCAUGCAUGAAGAGACUCAAAGGCGACUUACUCGUGAAGUGGCCAGUAUGCGACAGCAACUCCAACAGCUGCAGAGACGCCUAGAAUCCCUCGCUGCGUCUAACAUCCGCAAUCCCGCUAGUACCUCUGCGCCGCAAGAAAAUCAUCAGCUGCAGCGCUACCAUCGAUUCAGGGAAAGCCUUGAGAGACUGAGGAGGUUGCAAAGUCACCAGCAGCGGCUGGUGGCUUUGAGGCGCCUUCUACAAAUCAGUGUAACAGAUGCAGCGUCGUACCCAGUGGACCCAAUACCAGGGGUGGGCGAGCAUCGGCGGGCCAACGAAUUUGAAGCAGCAAGGCGCAAGCUUAGAGCCCAGCGAGGGCGGGAGUCUGACUUUGGGUGCAGCCGCAGUUGGUGUUUCUGGGGCUGCCAUAGAGCUGUGGCUGCACUUUCGCAGCUACUGCCGCAGCUGCGUACUUGCGUGGUGCAACGACUUCGUGGAAAUGCAGCAUCGCUGCGUUUGCUUCUUCGAGGACUGCCACGGCUUGAGGUGUUCGCGGUGGCGGAAGAACAAACAUCUCGCCGUAGGCACCGGCUGCUCCAGCUAGCUACCACCUUAGGUUUCACAGUACGCCGCGGGCCGCUAAUCAUUCCGGCCCUCCACAAUGACCUCGUCACUGUUUCUACGAUUUCAAGGCAAUUUUGGAUUUCCAGCCGUGGUCCAGCUGGAAGGAGAGCUUCAGCAGCUUCUGUGGCUGCAGCUGACCUGCUGGUGCAUGGGCUACUGGGACGUCUCGCGAGCGGCUAUCAAGGGCAAAGUGUGCCGGGUUCGCAGGCCCAUACAGGGGAUACGCCAGUCUCCAGCACGCGUUGUGCCAUUCCUACAGCUGUGCCCUGCGGUAUUAGAGAGACUGAGGCUGCUGGCUGUUUGACCGCGGAGGUACCUGUUGUGGCCAGGAGCGUAGCAUUGGGGACUGCUAAGGAACCUUUGGCGUCCAGCAGCUGUUGCGAGCAUCAAGGUAUACCGAACUUUGAGAAAUACAAGACACCCGCUACAGAUGAAGUUCCAAAGCAAGCAGAAACGGCUGUACCCGCGGCACGAAUGGCAGGAAGUGCUCGUACAAAUCAAGCCAGCGCCCGAAGGCGUUCUCUCCGCUCCUUAAGGUGCUCCAUCUACACCAGGAAACGCCCACAAGUGUCCGACUCUCGAGCUACUAGCGCCUCUACUCCCAAGCGGCGCCGCCGAAGACGAGGGGACGGCGGAGACAUGGUUGUUGAUGUGCGCCAAGACAUGCAAAUGGCGCGGGGUCUAGCGGAGGAGCUUGAGGAGCAGCUCACGAGCUGA